AUGAAGGUGCUUGGUGUGACUGGCACAGAGUCACCCGGCCGCUCACCUAAUCGACCUGAGCUGCGAGUGAAGACAUCGAAGCCGAAUGUUAGGUUUGAUUCACCCAAGAAUCCGCCGCUCGACAAGCUUAGCGCGGAUAUCGACGAAAGUGAACCAGCGCCUUUUGGAGGCACAUCGACAUCGUCCGCAAACCCUUGGUCGACCGAUUCGCCGGACGAUUCUUCUCGUUUUGGCCAGCUUGGCCGACGAGAGAGCUUUGCAGGCGAAUUCCGUCCACCAGUCGAGGACAUUGCCGAGCGUCUUGACAACUUCUUCCCCAACGUCGAUCUCGAUCAGCCGAUGGGAGAAGACGUUGAAGGUGCAGAGGGAAGUCCCGUUUCAACUGACAAGUCGACUCUCCAUUCGAAGGCGUCAUCAUCAGAGUUGACUUCAAGUCGGAUCACAACGCCCGCUUCUAGCAUUGAGAACAUACAUACACUUGGGAGUGAAGAGUCCACACUCAAGGCAAAUGCGCCCUCUGUCGCCGAGCGAAAUGUGCGCAAGUCUGGGGGCUUGGGCAGGACGAAGAGUAUACGAGAUGUGGUGAAGAACAACUACGCUCACCUGGGAGGCCCAUCACCGCAUGCAUCAAUCUCUUCCACGUACUCGAGCCGGCAACCCAGCGUGUCUGGCUUCCCUACCAUGCAAGCUCCCGUCCUGUCAAACAGGAUCAGCACACUCAGGAACGAUGGCGGCAUUGUACGGCGAAAGAGCACAAAGAUGUUUGGUGCAAAGAUUGAACAAGUCAAACCCCAGCGUGGCAGCAGACUCAUCACCAAUCUGGAUACCAUUCCACAGGACACCAUUCCGGUCGGCAAUGUGCAACACGUCAAGCCUGAGCGCCAGCCCACGUUCAAAUGGAUGCGCGGUCAACUUAUUGGGAAAGGUACAUUUGGACGUGUCUACCUGGGCAUGAACACGACAACGGGAGAACUUCUCGCCGUCAAACAAGUCGAAGUCAACCCGAAAGCAGCCAACACGGACCCGGCCAAAAUCCGCGAAAUGGUCAAAGCCCUCGACCAAGAAAUCGAUACAAUGCAACACCUCGACCACGUCAACAUCGUGCAGUACCUCGGCUGCGAACGCAAAGAAUACAGCAUCUCCAUCUUCCUCGAGUACAUCUCCGGCGGCAGCGUCGGGUCCUGCCUGCGCAAACACGGCAAAUUCGAAGAGCCCGUCGUCUCAUCCCUCACUCGCCAAACGCUCUGCGGCCUCGCCUACCUCCACAGCGAAGGCAUCCUCCACCGCGACCUCAAAGCCGACAACAUCCUCCUCGACCUCGACGGCACCUGCAAAAUCUCCGACUUCGGCAUCUCCAAACGCAGCGCGAACCCGUACAACAACGACAUCACCAACUCGAUGCAAGGCUCCGUCUUCUGGAUGGCGCCCGAGGUCAUCCGCGCGCAAUCCCAGGCUCUCGGCGAUGGCCUCGAACCCAUCAACCAGGGCUACAGCGCCAAAGUGGAUAUCUGGUCCUUAGGUUGCGUCGUGCUGGAGAUGUUCGCCGGACGAAGGCCUUGGAGUAAAGAGGAAGCCAUCGGGGCGAUUUACAAACUCGGGUCCCUGAACCAGGCCCCGCCGAUUCCAGACGAUGUCUCGACGGUCGUGGGACCGGCCGCGUUGAGUUUUAUGUAUGACUGUUUUACCAUCGAUCCCGGCGAGAGACCCACGGCGGAUACGUUGCUGCGGGCGCCUUUUUGCAUUUUCGAUCCGCAUUACAAUUUCUUGGAUACGGAGUUGUAUGCCAAGAUUCGAGGCGCGUUUUGA